GGAGACACACACCGGAUUGUACCCGGGCGCGGCCGGCGGCGGCCAGCUCGACCCUCGGCGCGGCCUCGAUCGAUCGGAUAUCAUCUUCAUCUUAGCUUUUUCUUCUUUAUAUUAUCUCUGCACGUCCAUCCAGUUCCAAGAUGGAGUCCCGUACACGAAUCAUGAGGUCAUCUCAACUUGGAUUGCCACCUCGGUCCUCCAUGACUGUGACAUUUUCCCGUGACACCUUGGAACGGAAGGUGGAAGCCAAUAAACCCCAGCAACUUCCACGGAAUCCCGAUCAGAAGCUUGGAAAUAUUGGAAAAAUAACUGGGAAAGAUGCGGACCCAGUCCUCACGAGCUUGGUGAACUACCACAGCAAACUGCUUGGGGCCUCGGGGAGGUCAUUUGACUUAAUUGUUGGUAAGCUGAGUCAUCUCUUAAAAACCAAUGGAUAUUACCUGGAUUCCAAGUAUAAAGGACCCAUGGACGCCUUGUUCUUUGCUAUCAGGAAUCUGAUUGUAGACGCAGAGAAGAGUGAGAUCUCUAGGACCAGACUGUUAGAGAACCUGGAACUCAGAGCCAAGACAUGGGGUCAUGACCCCUUGGAGCUUCCACAACCUCGUGCUCAUUUACAAGACUUGCUUUCUCCUACAAAGCCUCCUGCAGUCACCAAUCCUCAGGAUAAUGCACCUAUUGAAUGCCUAUCACCACCUUAUAAUGCUUCUGGGCGUUACUCCCCUAUCCCUCUACCUCCUGUCCAAGUUGCCCCGCCCAGCCCCGACAUGGAGGCAUUGACCCAUGUGGCCAAGGCCACUCCAUUUCCUGAUGACACUGAUGACGAUGAGGAAGAUGAUGACCAGUGGCUGACGACAUCAGACAUGACCUACGAGUCGGACAGCUCCGAAGAGUUCAUCAUGCCGGAGCGUGAGGUAGAGGAUCUUAUGUUGGAAUCUACCACAGAUCUUGAUGAUGAGCUUUCCAGGCUACUGUCAGCAAAGCUCCCUGAUAGCUACAAGAGGAGAGUGAAUGAUGGCAAACCAGUGCGCUACACCAGGUCUUUCCUGCUUGACCUGUGGAAAUCGCCCUAUUCCAAAGAGAUGCCGUCAGUCCUGAAGCAUACCAUCUCCCAUAGUGAUGUGUCCUUUAUCAUCCAGAGGCAUGCCUUUUCUGAUCCUGGAGUGCUGUUUCUGCAAGGAUCAAUGGAUGAUAUUUAUCUGAAGCCAUCUCACCUCAAGGCAGACCCUAACUCAAGAGUAAGAUCAUCCAGUGGCAGAAGUACCCCAGACCCCAAAGCUUCUGAUGGAGAUGCUACCAGGAUGAGGGCCUUGAGCUGGCCCCAGGGAGCAGAAGCAGCAGGGAAACCACAACCAGAUGUAGGAGGAGAGAGACUGGUCCAAGGCAGGGAAGGGGCAAGGCAAAUCCAUAUAGGGGCAAGGGUGGACAGUCCGAAUCCUGCAACUUGGCAGGGAGCAAGAAGAAUCAGUGAAGGUGACGGCCAAGAAGGACGACCGGAAGCAUCCUUGAGAUCCAAUUCACCAGAUGAUUGGCGCAGGCCUGGAUCUACUGCUGUAAUUUUGGGAGAGACUGGAACUGGCACUGGGAUAUUAGGAGAGAGGCCAAAAAGGAAUACAGACAAACAAGAGCCCUUAGCAGCAGCUGCAGAAGGAGAGGAGGUUGUGCUGAGACCACGUUCUCCAAGAGAUUGGGUCCAAACUGCAUUUGGGACUUUUGGAGAUAGGGCUGGUCAAAACACGAAGAGACCGGUUACCCCAAGAAAGGAGGAAUCUCUACGGCCACGCUCUCCAAGUGAUUGGCGCAGACCGGGAUCUAUUUCAGGAUUACUUGGAGAUGGGGAUGCAAGAGUGGUGAGGCCCAGGCUCUCCACUUCUCCAGGUGUAGCAGGAGAUGGGGCUGAAGAAAUGUUACAAGAGAGACCAGGAUCAUCUGGACGACAUUCACCAAGUAAUUGGGGCUGGCCAGGAUCUAGUUCAGGGAUACCUGGAGAUGAGGGUACAAGAAUUGCUGGACUCGGCCUCUCCACCCCCUCUCCAGUUGUAGCAGGAGGUGGAGAUCAAGAAAGACCAGGUUCUAGAAGACGAUCACCAAGUGCCGGCAGUCAAGAGGCUAGUACAAUGAAGGUCCGAUUUGAUCUGCCUGAUCAAAGCAGCGAAGAUGACAUGAAAACCAAAGAGUCCCAAAAGAAACAAGCAGCUACGUCAACCCAUGUACUCCUCACACCACGUCAGAUUCUUGGAGAUGGGGCUCAACAAGACGGGGGCACUGACAUGUCUCCUCUGACACUGCCGAUGGGAUUCGCUCCUCAGACCGAGAUCCCUACCUUUAGAGAAGUCUUUAGAGAGGUCAUUGAGAAAGGGAUCACUACCGGGGCACCAGGGCCAGCCAUGGACAUCAGGGCAAAGUCCCCUGAAAUGUGAUCCCCACAACAUUGGGAUAUUCAUCUGCCCUCAUCAGAUUGUCAUAACUUUGACUUGAAUUGAAUUCACAAAGGUUUAAUUAAACCAGGGAUGAGGAUUACACUCUGCAAGUGUACUAAAAUAAGGAUGAUAAAUGUACAUUGCUAAUGAGAAUGCUACAAGAGAAAGUGUUGAGAGAUUGGGCCCUGCAUGAAAAAGAGAUACAAUUGAUAUAUACUAUUGAUCGUAUCUUGCUGUGCAUGGUAUCACACACAUUAAAGGUCAAGUCCACCCCAGAAAAAUGUUGAUUUGAAUAACUUGAGAAAAAUCAAACACUGAAAAUUUCAUCAAAAUCGGAUGUAAAAUAAGAAAGUUAUGACAUUUUAAAGUUUCAAUUAUUUUUCACAAAACAGUGAUAUGCACAACUGAGUGACAUGCAAAUGAGAUAGUCGAUGAUGUCCCUCACUCACUAUUUCUUUUGUUUUUUAUUGUUUGAAUUAUACAAUAUUUCAAUUUUUACAAAUUUGACAAUAAGGACCAACUUGACUCAACCAUAUAGUAUUAAACAAUGCUAAUUCCACAUGUUCACGGAGGAAUUAAUCGUUGUUUCACUUGGCAAUGAGGAGAAAAUUAGAAUAUUUCAUAUAAUAAAAUACAAAAGAAAUAGUGAGUGGAUGACGUCAUCUGUCUCCUCAUUUGCAUACAGAUCAGGAUGUGCAUAUAACUGUUUUGUGAAAUUAAGCGAAACUUUAAAAUGUCAUAACUUUCUUAUUUUACAUCCGAUUUUGAUGAAAUUUUCAGUGUUAUGUUUGUUGGAUUUUUCUCAUUUUAUUCGAAUCAACUUUUUGUUGGAGUGGACUUGUCCUUUAAAAGAUUGAUUGUAAGGUUGAUUGUACCUUUUUGUGUUACAGGGCUCUUAUUCUGUGCCUAUUUUGCUUACAAAAAGCCCUGGGCUGGUAUUCAAUUGCAAGUAUUGAUUUUUUAAUAAAGUAAAAUGCGUACACUUGUAUUCAGAUCACAUCUAAGUAAUUUACUUCAUCAAGCCAAAUUUAAGCAAAAUACUUAAUAAUUACCAUUGUGACGCAAUAAAAGUUUGAGCAAACUAAUGCGCAAUGUAUACCCGUUUGUGCGCAGAAUGUAUGACUGUGCAUAUCACGUUUUUAAAGUGCACGCAAGCGAGACUUUGGUCUGGUUGGCAGCUGACUUAGAUUUAAGCAAAAUACCAUACCCACAAUAUGCAAUAGUCUUGAAUACCAAAGAUGGUUAAGUAUUUUACUUAAGCAAAAUACUGAGUGAAAUAUUUAAUAUUCUGGCUUAAGUAUCAAAUUGAAUACCUGCCCUGGUGUUUUCAAACCAUGGCUUAACCCAAAUAUAUGUGAAUUUGGGAUUAUUAUGUGGUAUGUGACAACAAUUAAUAGUUAUGCUCUAUGCAUUUUUAUAAUGGAGUUGAGAAUAAAAAAAAAACACUUUGCAAUAUAAACAACUCUUCUGGACUCAUGCUUACAACUCGUCAUACAAUACAGGCUUGGAUUUCUGUAUUGAAGCAGUAUUCAUUGAAUGAAACUUUUUUUGUGAUGAUUUUGUCUUUAUUUUUUUUAGUUAUAUUUCAAAAUUAUCUUUCAGUUUGAUAUAUGAUUUGCUGAUCAAAGUGCCUUAAAAUACAUUGUGUGUGAUCUUGAAGCAGCUUUUUUCCCAUUGUUUGGAAUGCAUAAUUGUGUAGUUUUCAUUUGGUUUGAAAACGAAACUUUCUGUCUUCAUUUGAUUUUUUUUAAAGAUGUGUGUGAGUUGUUGUACCUCAUUUUAUUACUUGCCAUUUUAUUUUUUUCAUAUUAUAAUCAAGUUCCGAUUCAUUUAUUAGUUUCUGGCUGAUAUUGGAAGUACUCAUUUUUAUUAACCCAUCUCUUUUUUUUUACUGUGGUUAUAACUCUGUGAAACAUCUCAUUCAAGUGUAUUCAAUAUGUGUAUAUUUUAUUUUUGUAUCUUGAGUUUUUAUUAUUUGUGAGGGUAAUAGUGCCUUAAACAUUUCCUGAGAUAUUGGCUGAAAGAUAACCCAAAGAGGUCUUCCAUUAAAACUUGAUUUGAUGUCAACAGUACUUUGUGAUUUACACUAUUCAUGUAUAAAACAAGACAUUUGGGGUGAGAGAAUAAUUUUAUUGUAACUUUUGGGAAUCUUGAGCAAAUAAUUACAGGUCCAUCUGUCAAUUUUGCCUUGCAUAAUCGGGGAGGCGGGACGGAGAAGGGGCAUUUGUAAAGAUUUAUUGUGUCCUACGGUUUUGAUUAGCAGAGAAACAGGGGUGUGGCUGUUGUUAUGGUAACUGCUGGAUAGUAACCACUUUUCAGUGUUACAACUUUCAUGAAACCUUCUCCUGGGGCCCGUUGCAUAAAAGUUAUUAUUAUAGUAACUAUGCCAUCCAGUGUUAUCUUGAAUCCUGGAAUCCUUGAUUCUGAUUGGCUGUUGAGCAUUGUUACCAUGGUAAUUACCAUUGGAUGGCAGAGUUCCCAUAAUAGUUCAACUUUAUUGCAACAGGGCCCUGGUCCGACAAUUAUUUGACUUUAUGCAGUUUCCACUUAUGAAAGAUUAACUCAUGCAGACCUAAAUAUAGUUUGAGAUAGACAUUAUUCAAUACUUGAUUUCAUUUUUGUUUUGUAAGUAACCAGUAUUACACAUGUUUUGUUGAUAAGGUAAAAUUAGAUUGUGUGCUUGCCUUUGCUGCAGUAAAUAGGAUUAGUAGUAGUAGUAGUAGUAGUAGUAGUAGUAAUAGUAGUAAUCUGUAUUAUUUUUAGUGGUAGUAAUAACAGUAUUAUUAUUAGUAGUAGUAGUAUAAGUAGUCGCAGUAUAUAGUUAAGAUUUUUUUAAGUAUGUUGUGUGCUACCAUUAAUGUGCCAAAGAUGUUUUGUAUGUAAGUAAGUAUGUAAGUUUUUAUUUCAUCAUUUUCAUUUCUAUGCAAGUGCAUUUAUUUUACAGUUUACUCUUUGCAUAUAGUCAUGAUGACUAAUGCUAUUUACACCAUAUACUUCACAAGAUUGAUAUUAAUCAGACCAGGAAUUCAACAAUGUUUAUUUUCACAAUUCUGUUGCAUUCAUAUUCCCUUAGCCUAGAUAUAUCUGAAAGUGAAGAUUUAUGCAGUACAUAUUAAAAGAGCCAAAUAAUACUGCCAUGAAAUAUUACAUAUAUACAGUUGUUUAACAAUGUUUGCAUGUGUCUGUUUUGUUAUUGAAUAACACAUAAUUAUGAAGGUUUUGAUCCAUCUUAAUUGUCUGUUAAUGGUUUCUUUUUAAUAUUUACAUCCAUGCAUACACUGUGCUUGGGACUUAAACAGCGCCCCCAAACCCCUCUUGCUUGUUAAUAAUUUUUGUCUCACCUGCAUAGCAGAGCAAGAAAUAGGCACUGCUUUUCCGACGGUGGCGGCAUCAUCAACAUUGAAAUCUUAACCAAGGUUAAAUUUUUGAAAUGUCAUCAUAGCUUUUAAAUUUUUGAAAUGUCAUCAUAGCCUAGAAAGUGUAUGGACUUAGUUUAUGAAACUUGGACAUAAGGGUAAUCAAGUAUUACUGAAUACCCUGCCUGAGUUUUAGGUCACAUGAUCAAGGUCAAAGGUCAUUUAGGGUCAAUGAACUUAGACCAGGUUGGGGGAAUCAACAUCAAAAUCUUUACCAAGUGUUAAGUUUUUUAAAUGUCAUCAUAACUUUGGAAAUUUUUGAUUUAGUUCAUGAAACUUGGACAAAAGAGUAAUCAAGCAUCAGUGAACAUCCUGCAUGAGUUUCACGUCACAUGACUAGGGUCAAAGCUCAUUUAAGGUCAAUGAAAUUUUGCCAUGUUGGGGGUAUUUGAUUAUAACUUUGAAGUUUAUGUAUCUAGUUCGUGAAACAUGGACAUAAGAGUUAUUAAGUAUCACUGAUCGUCUUGAUCGAGUCUUGAGUCACAAGAUCAUGGUCAAAGGUCAUUUAGGGUCAAUGAAGAUAGUAUAUCAUCAUACAAAUGUUUUGGUGAAUAAUUAUUCAAUAGUUGUUUUCAAAGUCAGCACUGCUGCUGUAUUGAAUCGUGUGAUGCAGGCGAGACUGCCAGAGGCGUUCCGCUUGCUUUUCUUUGUUAUCAGUGCUAGAUAUGAACAUGUCAACCCUAACUGCUUGUGUCAACUUAAAGUAUUGUAGUAACUAGGUGUUAUAUUUUGAAGUGAUGUACGUAACUAGGUAUUAUGUUAUGUUUUAAAGUAAACUCGGUAUUAUGUUAUGAUUUAAGAGUAGUCCCAGUUUUCUUUCAUAUUUUUCUUCACCUGAGAUCAGCUUUGCUAUCCAGUGUUAACUACCAUGGUAACAAUGCUUGAUAGCAUAUCAAAAGCAAGAAUUCUAUUCAAGGUACCAUUGAAUGGCAAAUUUCCCAUAAGAGUAUCUGUUAUGCAAGGGGCCCCAAGAGUGUAACAUAAAUAGGUACGCAUGUGAUUUAAAAAAAAAAGACGCAAUCUCAUUAAAUUUGAAUUGAGGUCAUGUAGGUCAUGGGAACUGCCGAGUCUUUCCUAUCUAGUAUUUGCAAUAAACAAUUGGAGGUAAAGGUUUCCAACCUAGGACAUGUUUCAUAACACUUGUUAUAAUAAUAAAUUCGCCGUAACAGUUAAAACGCAAUGAAAUCACUAAAUUUUAUCGGCUAAUAGUAAA